AUGUUUGAGUGUUUUCUGGAAAUCGCCUACGAGGCGGAAUUGAACACGGAUGAAGAUCAGGAAUUACUAGAAUACUCCUCCAAAUUAUGCAACGAGAAUCUGAGCACCAGGGACGCAGCAAUCACGGAGCUGAGAAAGAUGAUUUUUGAUCGAGAUGAAUGCGAGCCUUUUCGCACAGACGACGAAUUUCUACUUCGAUUUCUACGCGCUAGAGAUUUCGUUGUACCAAGAGCACAUAAACUGUUAGUAAGGUACUGCGCGUUCCGGGAGCAAUACCCCCACUUAUACAAGGAUGUUGACCUCUGGGAACUUGUCAAAGUGGGCGAUGUCUUCGAAGGCUGUAUGUUCGACCGGCCAGAUGUCGGAAGGUUGACCAUAAUGAGGUUUGGAAGAUGGGAUCCUUCAGAAUACCCCGUCGAAGAUCUGGUGCGGACCGGUGUAGUGAUGAUGGAGAUUGGUAUUAGGCAGCCGAAGAUACAGGUUCUUGGUGGAACGGUAUUAGUCGAUUUACAGGGACUAUCUCUACGCCAAGUGUCUGCACUCACCCCCACUAUUGCCUAUCAAAUUGUCAAUUUAUUAGGGGUAUCAACACCAACCCGCCUAAACUCGUGUCAUAUUAUAAACUACAACUGGCUACUGAAUUCAUUCUUCUAUAUCUUCAAGAAGUUUAUACCCCAACAUGCAUGGGAUAGAAUCCAUUUCCACGGAAGCGAUUUGAAAUCACUACACAAGCAUUUGGACCCAGUCUGUCUGCCAGAACGAUACGGAGGCACCUGCAGAAUCCACGGGUCUGCUCGAACUUGGUUGCAGAAAAUUAAAAAGUAUAGAGGUGAACACUUUGACAGGGAAAUGAAACAACUAGGGUUCAUUAUUAAGGAAUAA